UUUCCUAGUGUUAAAAACUAAGAAAAGGAUAUAAAUAAAAAUAAAAGAAAAUUAAAUAAUAUGAUGGUUUACAAAUAAAGAAAAUCUGUACAAGUGUGGGAAACGUCUCUGAAUUAGAAAAAUUAACAUAAAAUCAAAUAAAUAAAAUUACGAAGGAAAAGAAAUCGACGAACAGUGAUUGACGAAGAGAAAAAAGAAAGCCAACAAGAAAAAAAAACCCAUCACCAAUUAAAUCCUCAGAAAUAUGUUUAAACUUGGCCAAAAGAAGACUAAGCAAUGUUCUUGAAAACAUUGCUGAAUGUGGAAGACCACAGCAGGAAAAAUAUUUUGAUUGAAUCAUUUCCAUUUAGAAUUUUCAUCACCACUUCUUCCACUGCGAACAAUUGAAUUGUGGUGUAGUGGUGGUGAAUAGCUGACAGACGACGGACUGACUGACUGAUUACCUGACUGACUGUCUGUCUGUCGAACUGCUGAAUUACACUGCAAAAAAAAAAACAAGUGUCAUCCAAAAUAACGUCGUUCAUUGUAUGUAACAAUCAACUACAGAGGAGGAGAGAAAGAGCUAUCUAGCGGGAGGUGACGAGGAGGUGGUGCAGGUAGCCUGCCUGUCUGGCUUACUGGUGUGCGAGCGAGCGAAAGCGUGCGCGCCCGUUUUGAGGAACCCAAGAUAUUACACCUAACAAGACCAGAGAGCCCCAGGCACACUCACACUCGCAGAGGCGCUUACACUUUCACAAAAAUGUGUUGUAUGAACAACACAACACUAAAGCUGGAGGACACGGAAGACGAUAGAACAAAAUAUAAUAGAGCCCGCCGUAAUAGUUCCAUAACAACAACAACAGCAGCGGCAGCAAUAACGACGACAUCCCAGUGUUGUUAUGUCUUGCAUACAACAGAGCAGGAACAACAACAACAACACCAACAGCAGCAGCAGCAAGAAUAUGUUUCAGAAUCCUCCACACGGACAUUCAACAGCAAAUAUAGACGAAAAUAUUUGCUAUUGUUAGUAUUAGUACUGUUUCACAUUUGUUCCAGCAGCUUGGCCCGUGUAACGGCCUAUAAUUGUACAGCUGCCGGUGGCUGUCAGAAUAAUGGCAGUUGCAAGGAGGGUCAGUGCAUCUGUGCUGAUGGCUGGCAGGGCCCUGAAUGCCAAUUUUGUGGUGGCAAAGUAAGACUACAUCAUCCCAGUGGUGUCAUACACGAUGGCUGGGGAAAUUAUUCCGUCAGUGUUAAGUGCAGUUGGUUAAUUGAUGCUAGAACGCAGCACAACAACAACAACAAAUCGCCGCCUCCCACCAUACGGUUGCAUCUGCAUGAAUUUGCAACCGAAUGUGGUUGGGAUCAUUUGUAUAUAUACGAUGGUGAUAGUGUGGAUUCGUCUCUUUUAGCGGUAUUUAGUGGCCUCAUGUACCGAGGCAAUUUUUCCAUACGUAGUGUACCCCAAGUUAUAGCCCGUUCGGGGGCAGCAUUAUUGCAUUUCUUUAGCGAUGAUGCCUAUAAUAUGUCCGGUUUUAAUUUAUCAUAUCGCAUGAAUGCUUGUCCCAGUGAUGCAGAGGAUGUCGAGUGUUCGGGUCAUGGCAAGUGUCGCAAUGGAUUUUGUAUAUGUGAAGCCUUGUACAGUGGCGAGGCGUGUAACAUUGACGCUUGUCCCAAUCGCUGUUGGGAGGACAAAGAACAUGGUGUUUGUAAUAUAGACAGGAAAAGAUGUGAUUGUAAGAAGGAAUACGGUGGCAAUGAUUGUGGUCAACUGCGUGCCCAUGGCAUUUGGUCUAGUGUAAAUGCCCAUCAUUUGCCCAAUGGUACAGCUUCACAUGCAGCUGUCGUCUGGCAUGACACCAUGUACAUUAUAUCGGGUGAAUCAUAUGGCCGGGGACGCUUAAUGAGUAGAUAUGAUUUAAAUUCUGAGAUAUGGGAAAGAGUCCACCCGGCCAAAGGAAGUUUGGUGCCGGCACAACGUUAUGGCAUGUCGGCGGUCAUGCAUGACGAUAAAAUCUUCAUGUAUGGUGGUGUUGUCAAAGGUGCCGGCAUAACCAAUGAACUCUGGGCAUAUGAUAUUUCCUCGAGAACAUGGCAGAACAUUAGUGUUAUACCAGAGUAUUGCAAUGCAGCGACGGCAUAUGCGAUGUGUGGCCCUCUACAUGUAACCGGGCAUUCUGCCACUUUAGUGCCUAGUGUGGGCGAUAAGUCUAGCGAUCGUCAUCAUAUGGUGGUGCUAUUUGGACGUUCACCCCAAUAUGGUUACUUGAACACAGUGCAGGAGUAUGAUUUUGAGACCAGAGUUUGGAAGAUUGUCAACACCACCGGCUAUGUUGUCAAGGGAGGCUUCAGUCAUAGUGCUGCCUAUGAUGUAUUGACUGAGAAGAUUUAUGUUUAUGGCGGCAUUGUUUCCGAGUCUGAGGCUAAUCAAUAUAUAACACCACGUCUGUAUGCCUACUCGCCCUCAAAGCGUAUGUGGACUAUGCUGUCUUCGGCUCCCAGUGCAAGACUUUUGCACACUGCCAACUUUGUGAAUGAAGGUUUGAUGGUGGUUUUCGGUGGCAACACUCACAAUGAUACAGCCGAAAGUUAUGGAGCCAAGUGUUACAGUCAAGAUCUCUUGGUCUAUGAUGUCUUUUGUGAUUCGUGGCAUAAACAAAACAUUCCACAGCAUUUACAAGCAGAUUUGGCAAGAUUUGGUCACAGUUCUGUGGUGUUCCGGGGAAGUCUUUACAUAUAUGGCGGCUUUAAUGGACAACUUUUAAACGAUAUGCUACGCUUUAGCCCUGGCCAUUGUGACAACUACACCAAAGAGGAGAAAUGCACCAAUGGCCGCCCGGGAGUCAAAUGUGUCUGGGAUGUGCAAAAGAACAAAUGUAUCCAAGUGAAACAUGUGCAAAAGUUGGCCCUUAACAGUCGCGAGCAAUACGGCUAUGUGGUCUGUCCCUCCAAGGGUCGUUUUGCCUUAACCUCAGAGCAUUUGCAGGAUGUGUCACGUUGCCAGGAACUGAACAAUUGUCACUCAUGUGUGUCCAACACUUAUGGUUGUACUUAUUGCGGCAAUGGUCUGUGUACCAAAGAUCGUUGUAGGGAGACCACUCCUUUGACCUCAGUAUUCUAUGAGACCUCCACACAACAUCAGAGCCAGCAGCAGCAGCAGCAGCAACAGGCAAAGGCUCAAUUCGUGGUGGCCACAAAUAUACCACCAUUGAAUGUUAAGCAAUUGGAAGAUUGUCCACGUUCGGAGGAUUAUCUGGAGGCGGCAAUAUGCGAGCAGCUACACACCUGUCAUGCCUGUGCAGCCAAUCCAACUUGCCUUUGGGAAGCCGAACACAAUCGUUGCCGUGUGGGGCCAACGACACCGGGCAACCGUUCCCUAGACGACAUCAUAUGCCCGCCCUCGUGUGCCUCACUGACCAAUUGCCACAAUUGCACGGACAACGAUUGCAUUUGGUGCCAAAACGAGUUACGCUGUGUAGAUCGCAACUCAUAUACUGCCAGUUUUCCCUAUGGCCAGUGCCGCGAAUGGACCACGCACAUCUCCAAAUGCCGCAGUGCUCCACUGGCCUUAAGCAGCAGCAAUAGCACAUCCACCUAUAUAUCGACGGCUCAAUGUGGUUUCUAUAACAGCUGUUCCCAGUGUUUGGAUGAUCCGGCUUGCGGCUGGUGUGAUGAUGGCAGCAACACCGGCCUCGGCAAAUGCAUUGAAGGUGGUGCCCUGACUGCCCACGAGCCCAAACAGUGUCCCACUGGUCAGUGGUAUUUCACAUCGUGCCCUCUGUGCAACUGCAAUGGCCAUUCGAAAUGCGAGAAAGGCUCGAUGCAGUGCAUACAGCCAUGUUCCAAUUUAACCGCUGGUAACCAUUGUGAGAAAUGCAAAGAAGGCUAUUGGGGUAAUCCCAUUAAUGGCGGCCAAUGCCAGAAAUGUGAGUGCAAUAAACAAGGCAACAACUGUAAACCCGACGAUGGCAAAUGCUUUUGCAACACCAAGGGCAUAGUAGGCGAUCAUUGUGAGAAAUGUGAUUCGCAAAACCACUAUCAUGGUGAUCCGCUGACCACUUCCUGUUUCUAUGAACUGACCAUAGACUACCAGUUCACUUUCAACCUAUCGAAGAAAGAGGAUCGCCACUUCAAUCAAAUCAAUUUUCGCAAUUCACCCGUUAAGCCUGAAAUAGAUGCUGAUUUCACCAUCACCUGCAGUGUUCCGGCCAAAAUGAACAUUUCAGUGCGGCGGGCCGGGGCACCGCUUAAAGUUAUAUUUUUAGGUAUUAAUUGUUCAACGUUUCGACAUCGCUUCCCCAAGACCGAGUAUAAUUUUGGACACUCGCCCGAGGACAAUAGCUCAUUGACUACAUUCUAUGUAUCCGUGCAUGACUUCCAGCCACCCAUUUGGAUACAAAUUGCCUUCUCACAGUAUCCAAAGCUCAAUUUGCAACAGUUCUUUAUAACAUUCUCCACCUGCUUUCUGCUGCUGCUACUGAUGGCCGCCAUUUUGUGGAAGAUCAAACAGAAAUUCGAUAUGUUUCGACGACGACAACGUUUGUUUGUUGAAAUGGAACAAAUGGCCAGUCGGCCAUUUUCACAGGUGCUGGUGGAAAUCGAAAGUCGUGAAAAUAUCGAUUUGUCACUGACCAUGGAGGGCAUCGCUAACAUGAGUAAAAAACGCAAAAAGGAUUGUCCGAGUCCCAUAGCCUUAGAGCCAUGCAGCGGAAAUCGUGCUGCGGUUUUGUCUCUUCUAGUCCGGUUGCCCACAGGUGGUCUUCCGCAUGCUCCUGCCGGUCAAUCAGCUGGCCUAGCUGUCGCCAGUGCUUUGGUAACUCUUGGCAAUCCCAGACGUCCAUCAAUCGAUCAUACAAAAGAGCCCAAGUCCAAGCGUAAGCAAAGUCAGCAUCCUGAUAGUUGUACAUAAUAGAAAACGAACGAAUGGUGAUGAGCGAGCGAAGCGCGUAUGUUUUUUAAAAUUUAGUUUUAAAUAUAUUUUUUUUUAUAUAUAUAUACAUAUAUUUUAAAUUUAAUUUAAAAAAACAUGAUUUUAUUUAUUUAGAACAUAAAUUGUAACUUAUUUUUGUUAAUACUACUAUGACUAAAAACAACAACAACAAAUAAUUAUAAUUAUGAUAAUAUACUGUACUAAAGACAUUAUGUAUUAAGGUGAUACCAACAACAACAACAAGAAAGAACAGAAACAGCUAAAGAAAACAAAACAAAACAAAAAAAAAAUACACAGAAAAGAGGUGAAGAAAACUUUGUCAUAUUUCAAAAAUAUACAAAACAAAAAGACACAACAAAUACAACAACAACCAACAUAUACACAGUUAAAAGAAAAAAACAAAAAAACAAACAAAAUUCUUAAAAAAAUACUUUGAGAUUAAGAGACACAUAAAUAAAUAAAUAAAUGGAUAAUGAUUAUUAUUAUUAUUACAACUAUAUUAUAAAGAAAACCGCAACAACAAGUAAAAUGAAUGAUGCAUAGAAUGUAAAUCGUAAAGCAGACAUUGCGAAAUCUAAACUGAGAGAGAAAACUUAAAUGAUUCCAAAAGCCGAAAAACAACACAAAAAACGGAAAUAUAAAAACUAAAAAUCCCAA